AUGGAUAAGAACGGUGUUUGGAGGUUCGCAAUCCAAUUGUGGAUGCAGAAGAACCAGGCGAAGAUGGAGUGGGUGAUCUACGACCCGAACGGGUUCCACGCGGGGUCAGGGAACAUGUUCCCUGCGGAAGGUGACAAUACCAUCUUCAGCUACAUGGAAACCAACCAUGAUAGGCCGUUUGAGCACCAGAUGCCUUACGGGGUCGAUGCAUUCUUCUACUCCCCAACCGCGGUCGAGGACGCGAGGGUCUCUCUGAAGAUCAAGAAGUCUGUGCCUAACUGUAGCAAAUCAGGUGAAGCAGAUUGCUUCCCGAAAGUGACGACUGAGAAUAGGUCAGAGACCAAGAUGUUUGAGGUCGAGUCAUGCUGGCAGUACUGCGACAAGGAUAAACCCGAGCUCAUCCUCGUAAAGCCCAGCGACCUAAACUGCGAUGACAUGAACGAUGCGGACUGGGUUCACAACGACAAUGCCUGGUCGCGCAAUUUCAAUUGCUACCUCAAGGGCUUCUAG